AUGACUUCUUUGUCGAAAGAAGUUGACGUGAUUCCGAGUCUAUAUAAGAACGUUUCUGAUUCGGAAGCGCCAAAAAGAAGAGCUAGAUCGGAGGAAAAUCAACUCUAUAAGGAUGAGUCUGAAACUGACUCAGUAGGUGAUGAUGUCAAUCCUGAUAAGUUAAAUUACAAAGAACUUGGAUGGUUCGGUUUGGACACAGAUUCUGAGAAUUCGACUGAAGGGGUGGAAAGUGAUUUUUUAAGGCCAGUUUGGGAAAAUGAAAGAAAUGAAAAAACGGAAUCACAAACGCUCGAUGAUAAGUGGUUAGAAUCUGAAAUUGAAUCUUUUUGUAAUGACAUGGAUAGACAGUUGGGUGAACCCAUUAACGUUUCCAACAGUAAUAACAUAAUUUAUCCAAACACAUCAAGUGGAAAUUUAGAGGAGAGAUUGGAUUCUAAAAAUCAGAUGCUUUACCCAUCAAAUACCAAAAAAACAAAGGAGAGUGUCAAUCAAAGUUUAGCUGCGCAUCAGGGAGGAGUCAACGGCUUUAUAGGUAAUAGUUGGAGCUGUUCAAUUUGUAAAUAUUUAAAAACAGGUGCAUGCGGUUUAGAGAAAUUCAAUUAUUACUCGAAGGAAAGGUCACAAUUUCCCAGGAGAAAGCAAUUAUUAUUCAAACAACUCAGAGAGCUUUUCAAGAAAAAGAAACCAAAGGAUAAACUAAUCGAGAAAAUAAUGGAUAAGUCAAGCAUAGAAAAGCUAAAGAACCACUCCGAAUUGUACAAAAUAAACUAUAUGAGUUUAUUGGAGAGGUAUAACCAGGUGAAGAGAGCACAUUCAAUGGUAGUUCCGAGGAUGCAGAUGGUUGAGAUUCAGAACAAGAUCUUGUUUGAAAUAAUGAGCAAGAUCUAUUCAGAUGACGAGAGGAACUUGGACCUUCUAAAAGAGUUCAUAGAAAUCAAGUCGUUUUGCAUCCACUCGAUAAUGAAGCUAGGGUCAGACCUGGGUGAGAACUACGUCAACAUACUAAACAAUGUAAUCAACGCCAAUUCCACGAGUGAAAUCAGGCCGUGGGCAAAAGUACUUUCUGGAAUGUUCAACCAUUACGACAUGAAAGUAGACGAAACACUAAUCCACAACCUAAAUACACUCUAUUCAAUCAACAAAAUGGCACAAGGAAUCUAA